UUGGAAACGGGGGUUUCCCUCGACGACGCUCAACACACAUGCCCCCGGAGCCAUUACAACAACAACAACAACGCCUCACAGCGCCCACUGCGACACCCCACCACCUCUAUCACCACCACCACCAGGGCACUCAAUUUCACUGCUCCGAAUUAAUUGUGUAGUUCCCGAGGCUCAGAGAAGAAGAAGUAGAAGAAGAAGAAGAAGAAGAAGACUCUGGAAGGAAGGAAGGAAGGAAGGAAGGAAGGAAGGAAGAGGGAGAGAGGUUGAGAGAGAGAGGGCUCUGCUGGGUGCAUUUUUUUUCCUCCACAGUCAUUGCGGAUACACGUGCUCGACCAUUGAGGCUGCCGCUGGUGUCGAGCUUGUGAACGGGGGGCGUGGAACGUGCCGUUAUUUGUGUGUGUGUAUGUGUGUGUGUGUUUUGUGUAUCAGUCUUGGCUAGGAUUUGACGUCGCUGCAGCAGCCAUGCUUCCCCUUUCACUUUUAAAGACAGCUCAAGGGCAUCCUAUGCUUGUCGAGCUCAAAAAUGGAGAGACUUAUAACGGCCAUUUAGUAAACUGUGAUACAUGGAUGAACAUUCACCUACGUGAAGUUAUUUGCACCUCAAAGGAUGGUGACCGGUUCUGGAGGAUGCCUGAAUGCUACAUUCGAGGAAAUACUAUAAAAUAUUUGCGGGUUCCUGAUGAGGUCAUCGAUAAGGUUCAGGAAGAGACAGUGAAACGUUCAGAUCGUAAACCAACAAUUGGUGGCCGUGGACGCGGUCGAGGAAGAGCUGAGGAUGGAGUUGGUCGAGGCAGAGGUGGUGAAGGAGGGAGAGGAGGAAGAGGUUAUCAGGAGGAUGGUGCUGCUGGGGGCCGAGGUGGUGCACGUGGGAGUGGCGGUGCCCGUGGUGGAGGCAGGUCUGGUGGUGGACGAGGUGGUGCAAGUAGGGGACGAAGCCAGUGAAGUACCACAUCUAUCUAGUGUUCCUCCUCUUUUUCUGGCGAACAUGGUUUUCUUGAUGUAAAUUUGGCAGCAUAUAAUAACAGAUUAGUUACUCCUGUUUAUUGUUGCCUUGUUCGGUACAAAGGUCCUCUUAGUUUAGAGGUGCCCCGCAAGAAAGUGCCUCUCUUUAAGCAGAUGCCCACGACAGGUUUUACGAGGGGGAGGCUGCAAGGCACAAUGGUGGGAUGUGGAAUAAUUGCUCCAAUGGUCGACGUAGGUUCCGUUUCCACUAGUGAGGAAGUGUAGAAACUGAUCUAUUGCGGUGUAGUAACAAUCAAUUUGCUUGUGAAGCAAGAGACAUGCUUUCACGUAACACUUCGUAAAAUCACCGUGGCAUGAUUAUAUAUAGAUAUUUGUGUGCAGAUCAUUUUCUUAA